AUGGCUGCACUGAGUUGUCUUUUGGACAGUGUUAGAAGGGACAUAAAGAAGGUGGACAGAGAACUCAGGCAACUGAGAUGCAUUGACGAACUCAGCACACGAUGCCUGUGCGACUUGUACAUGCAUCCUUAUUGCUGCUGUGACUUGCACCCGUACCCGUACUGCCUGUGCUACUCGAAGCGGUCGCGCUCCUGUGGCCUCUGCGACAUCUACCCCUGCUGCCUGUGUGAUUACAAGCUCUACUGUCUCCGACCAUCUCUCAGGAGUCUGGAGAGGAAAGCGAUUCGAGCCAUAGAGGAUGAAAAGAGAGAGCUUGCCAAGCUGAGAAGAACCACCAACAGAAUCCUGGCCUCCUCUUGCUGUAGCAGUAACAUCUUGGGAUCUGUGAACGUGUGCGGCUUUGAACCCGACCAGGUCAAAGUCCGGGUGAAGGAUGGAAAGGUGUGUGUGUCAGCGGAGCGGGAGAACAGGUACGACUGCCUGGGCUCCAAGAAGUACAGCUACAUGAACAUCUGCAAAGAGUUCAGCUUGCCCCCGUGUGUGGAUGAGAAGGACGUGACCUAUUCCUACGGGCUGGGCAGUUGUGUCAAGAUCGAGUCGCCCUGCUAUCCUUGUGCUUCUCCCUGCAACCCCUGUAACCCCUGUAGCCCCUGCAGCCCUUGCAGCCCCUGCAGCCCCUGCGGCCCCUGCGGCCCCUGCAGCCCAUGUGACCCCUGCAACCCCUGCUACCCCUGCGGAAGCCGAUUUUCCUGUAGGAAGAUGAUCUUGUAAAGCAUUACGGAUGUAGGCACCCUUAGCUUAGAAGUCAGCCCAGCCAGGCAGCUCUUCCAGCGUUUCUCUUCCCCUUCCCAUGGCCCGUGUAGUGUAGGUAUAUAGGAAGCUUAAAUACAACAGUGCAAUCU